CCUAAAGCUUCUCUUUGAAACCAAAACCUGGAAGAACAUACGGAAUUUACAGUGCAGUAAUACGUCGGAGAUCUGCGGCGGCGUCUGUUUUCCUCCGCCCUUAUUUCCUGUUUUCAAGCUCUUGCAUUUUCCCGUCCCCUAGGGUUUUGCGCCAUUACAGCGCCUCUGAUCGUUGGACCUCUCGCCUAUUUCUAAUUUUCUCGUCCAGAUAUCGGAAAAAGAAAAUGCUCUCUGGAUUAUUUGUACGAUAGGUCGGAAUGUUAUUUCCAUCAGUUUUAGAGCUCACAUUUAGCCUUUUGUGUUUGUGAUUGUUCUCGUUCUUGAUUUUGAUUCCUCGAGUUAUUAUUAGUUUUUUUUUUCUUUUUUCUUCUGAUUUUGAAUUGCCUUCUGGAAUCAAAGAAGAAUCCAAUCGGUUUCUAGAUUUUGGUUGAUUGAAUGAGGCGGACUGAAAUACAGAGCCAAUGAGCGAUGGGGCUAGGAAUAACAUGAAGUCGAAAGAACAACAAAGCUCUGAUUCGAGAAAAUGCAGAGGCAAUGAGUUUGGACGAGAGGUGUCGAGAAUUGCUGUGGCUCAGAUAUGUAAUAGUGCAGGGUUUCAGAGAUUCAAGGGGUCAGCUCUAGACGCAUUGGUCGACAUCGCCAUCAAGUACCUUCGCCAUUUGGGUAAGAUAGCAGCAUUCUAUGCUAAUUUGGCUGGUAGAAUUGAGUGCAAUGUUUUUGAUAUAAUUAGAGCGCUUGAAGAGUUGGAAUCAUCACAGGGGUUUCAGGAGGCUUGGGAACCAAUUCAAUGUCUUGCUAAUUCAGGGUCAGUGAAGAACAUUGUUCGGUACGUGAAUUCAGUUGAAGAGAUCCCUUUUGCUCACCCAUUACCAUGUUUCCCUGUGAUCAGAAACAGGAAGGCAAUUCCAAGUUUUCUUCAGAUUGGUGAAUCCCCACCUGGCAAACACAUUGCCAAUUGGUUACCAGCUUUCCCUGAUGCUCGUACUUACGACCCUUCAACUUUGUGGAGGAGGAGCCCGAGUGAGCUGUGUGCCGAGAAGAUGGAGGUGUCGAGGCAGGGAAGGAAGGCAGAGAAAUCCGUGUCGGGUUUGCAGAAGAGAUUGGUUUCCUGUGGUUCAGCAAGAAAUGGUAAUGGGGAGAUUGAGUUAUCAGGAGGUGAGAGUAAUCCAUUCCUUGGGACACGUUUGCAAGAGAUGGAAGAUGGGACUGCCAUGGAUGGGAUAAGCCGUUUGUCUGUGCCAGAGGUGGUUGCUCCUGCCAUUGAAGCGACUAAUGGCAGGCCUCCUGUUCGUUUCAAGUUAGAAACUAGCAAAACCUUUCUUAGAGGAUCUAGGAAUUUGAAUGCUAAAAUGGCAGGGAACAGGGAAUCAGUGUUCUGGAUAAGACGAGAUGAUGAAAGAGAUGAAAAGAAGAGGAGAGUUGAAUACAUUCCCAGACAUUCUGAAAACUCUCAUGAGGAGCUCAACCAGUCAUGAAUCAGCACUGCUUCAACAUGUUAAAAUUCUACUUUCUGAAGCAAACGCUUCAUCUUCAAUAUUGCAAUGACAAAUGUGCCUGUGAUCUAAAUUUAUACAAUGAAUUUCUUUUUCUUUU